AUGCCCCCUGGCCUGCACGCGUUCUUCGCCGGUCGUGUCGCGAUGACAGCUCUCACUUACGCCGGCUUGAUGACGGCGGGACCAUUUUUCGUCUCCCGCAAGGACCUCGGCUUCGGCAGCCCCUCCCUCGUGCUGGACAUGGACAAGAUGGGGUGCUACGUGGCGGAGAAGAUCCUGGACAUUGACCUCGAUAUCUGGAGGAGACGAGGCGGGGACGAAGCCGCGGGGGCGGGGACGGUGGGGAACAACAAGCCCGGGGUGGGCAUCGAGGAGAGAAACUUCUCGCAGGACGAGCGAAGCGUCUCGCACUCGGCGGCUCUUCGAGUGCAGGACAUGACACUCGCCGCAGGGCGGGCGGCUCUUCGAAAGCUUCGAGCCGAGCUGCGGCAUUCCGGCGACGGGGAAGGGUCGGGUAGCGUGGUGAUACUGGCCUCGGCGACAACGAAUGCGCAGCACCUAGGGGAGCUCCUGCUGCCCGUGAGGGCGAUAGAAACCCUGCUUUCUCUAGAUUUUUCGAGGCCCGUGAAGACAGACGUGGGACUGGGACAACAGUUGGCUGUUGGCGACGCCGCGGGGGCGGCGGUUGAAGGUCUUGGACUGCUGCCUGGGGGAUCUUCGCCGAUUGUCAUCACCGGCGACGCUCUCGAGGACUGGCUGGUACAGCCCGAUGACGUCAAAGGACAGGAUGAUUCCUAA